AAUCCUUGUCACGUGCGAUAUAUGUCACACAAGUCUGGUGCAGUGGAGAUUAAUAAAAAGAGAAGUUGAAUAUUAGGAAACUAGCUCGAUCAUUGAGAUUAUACAGGCCUUUUGCAUUUUCGCUUUGAUUUCAUGAUUGUUUUGUAAAACCGGAAACACAUUUUCUUGAAAUAAUCGUAAUAUAACGCAUAUGCCAACAGCCUCACGAUGUUUUACAGGAUAAAUAAAGACUAUUUCGAGAUUCGAGCAAACAUUUAAAUUAAACAAUGAUAUAAAUAAAAAAGUGUCUUGUAUGCAGUUAUAAAGUGUCAAGAGCACGAUGAUACGGUUGAUGGGACUGCCAUUUUGUCACAUAAUUUUAUAUUGAAGGGGACUCUAGGUCUAGAUCAAAGCCCAGUCUUAAUGAGACAUAACCUUAUUUCUAGGGCUCUGGUUAAAGUUAGGAUUGAGAUAUUAAAAAUAGUUGGGUUGAUGUUGCUGGGUUUGGCAUUCACUGGUAAAGCUGUCCAGACCAAAUGCAGAGUCCAAAUAACAACAGCUGUGUGUAAAACCUAUCAGAGGCCUGUGUGACAAAUCCCACCGAUAAGUGGAUUUAAUCACGGGAGAUGGCGGACUUCCCUCACACCUACUGCUCUAAAUUUGGCAACAAUGAGGGUAGAGACGAGGAGGAGGAGGAUAUUUAUCAAGGAGAAACUAACAUAGAACCAGACAACCAGCAACAUCAUGAGUGUAUGAUCCAUGAGCAGCAUCUGCAGCUCACUCAAGUGGAAGAAGAACAGCUGCCUGAGGAGGAAACUUUUCAGAGGUGUUUCAGUGAAACGUCUAAACAGGAGACACAGCUUGGUGACAUUCUAGCACCUGUAACCCAACUGGACAAUGAAGGGGAACACACUGAACAAUACAUGCUAGAUGUCUCGGGUAAUAUUUCAGAGAAUCUCAGCUUUUACCUUGAUGGAAAGAUUGUGUCAACAAGUACAGUGAGUAGCUGUGAAGUGGCUGAGGUUCAUGCAGGUUCUUCGGGUGUAGUUGGACUCGAUGCCCUGAUUCUUGAUCCUACCCAUAUCACCCAGGUUUUGAAUCCAGAUUCAGUAUCAGGCAAAGAGAUACCAGGUCAACUACUGGCGAAGAGAAGAACUACAACACCACCUCUUUUACCACAAAUUAAAACUGAACUUGAGUCUGAGGUGGUGGUGUCUUCCUCCUCAUCCACACUUGUAUCCUCUUUAAUCGAGAAUCUGCUUCCCCUGAAUACCGAGUCCACGGUUACGCAGAAGGAAAGAACAGUGUUUCUGUCUCCAAAGUUAAAGCAGAUUCUGGAAAAGCAAGAUGGCCUUAAACCUACACUUGCCCUUAUCACAGAUGGACAGACACCUUGUUCGCCGGUCUCUCUCUCUGUCCUGCCUACUGGAACAGGAAAGUUCAAGAGAAGGACCGGAUCUCCAUCAAGCUCUCCUCAAAACUUAACAUCGGAGGAAAUGCCUACACCUGACACAGGUAAUUUUGUUGCUGUAAUUGAAGGACAUAUGGAGACAGAGAAUAUGUCACCUGUGCAACUAACAGCCAGUGAAAAAGAUGACCCAAAAGCAACUGUGGAGAUGCCGGUGGAAAAACCUGUCUUAACCGAGCACUGGCCACCCAUGACUGGUGGUAAUUCCUGUAAUCAACAACCACUGGAUCUCUCAAAUACAGUUAAGAGAAAUAGUGAUUUAGCUUUAGCUGAUGCUGUGCUGGAUUUGAGUUUGCAAAAAAAGAGCCUUGAUGAAUCUGAAUUGACCUUAAAUUUGUUUUCACAGGCAGUUUUGAAAGAAGGACCAUCAAAUAAGUGCAUGGUGGAUAAACCCUUAAUUAAUGUUGGAGAGCAAAAUGUCAGCUUGGGGAAUCCUGAAACUUUACUUACAGAUUUUACUAUUGUCACAGGUCCAGAUAUAAUGACCCCAGUGGAACCUGUUGCAGAUGGUCUUGUUUAUGGGCUUGCUCUACCCCCCAAUUCUCUAACCCCCUCAUCUGCCUCACUUACUCCUGUAACCUUGCAGUCGGCUGCACCGUGCACUAUAGCAUUUGCUUCCUCAGCCCCACACACCAUGCUCUCUUCCACUCCUUCAUUAAUCACAGUUUUAGCGCCAACACCACCUAUUACAAACCCUUCAAGCCAACCAAUCCAGGUAUUGUCCUCAAAUAUAACACCUGAGAAUUUAGUAAUCUGCACAGAUAAUGCAUUGACUUCUUCAGAGUGUGAUUUAGCUGCUGCAUUUGUAACUGCAAAUUCUUCAAAUCUUGUCACUCUCUCCCAACCCCUUGACUCGGCAUUGAAUUUACCUAGCCAUGUGUUUCUCACUGAUCAAAUUGCUCUCAAUCCACCUAUAGGUGAAUCCUCUGCCAUGUCAGAGGUACCAUUCACACCUGCUGUAAACUUAAACGACUCUCUCAUCAACUCGUAUAACAUUACUAGUAACACAGUGUUGAUAGAGUGCACAAUAGCUCUUGAAACUCCAGGUAGUGUAGUCCCCUCGGCAACUCCCUUACAAGGAAACACUUUUGAUGCUCCGCUACCUACACAGAUGGUUGUUAAUCACAUUGAGCAGCAACAAAUUGUAUCGGUGCCCAACACUGAAAUUGUGGAUCCUACUAUUCUUGUGUCCUCCAUUUCAGAGUCCGUAACUCUGUCCACCGCGACUUCAGUGGUAUCUGGUUGUCCACCUGUGACUGAAUUGAGUCCCAGCCCAGUUGUUAAUGCAGAGCCACCAACCAUAAAAGAGGAGGAACCGACUGACUAUGCUGUUUCCAAACCUGAAAUGCCAUGUAAAACCCCACCCCUCUCUGAGAAGGCUGAAGAGGACAAGUCCUCAAAUGAUGCAUUAAGUGAUGAACAGCAGAGUUUUGCGAAGAAUUUCAUCUGCAAUGUGUGUGAUAAGCUCUUUCAUUCAAUGAAAGAACUAGGCCAUCAUGUAGGUGACCACGCUGCUAGAUGGCCCUACAAAUGUGAAUUCUGCGUGCUGCUCUUCGGGAAGCCCUCCGCUCUGCUUGAACAUCGAUCGGCCCUCCAUGGCGUUGGAAAGACGUACGUUUGCAGCAUAUGUACAAAAGAAUUUGUCUACCUCUGCAAUCUGAAACAGCAUCAGGAGGAAUUGCAUCCUGGCCAGCAGUGUACAUACACAGAAGAAGAGAAGGGAAAACUAAGACCCCAGAACUACAACAACUCACCAAAGGUUCUUGAGGAGCCCUCAGUGCCACUUGUUCUAGAGGAACCAAAGAAACCGGUGAAAAAGGAGGAAAGUGAAGUUAAUGUAGCUGCCGAGGAGCUGUUUACAACAAUAAAAAUCAUGGCCUCAGAUGGGGGGAAUAUCAAAGGACCCAAUGUUCGUCUGGGCAUUAACCAGCACUAUCCCAGCUUCAAGCCACCCCCAUUUCCCUACCAUAACAGAUCACCUGCAGGCUCCAUGGCUUCAGCAACAAACUUCACCACUCAUAACAUCCCACAAACCUUCAGUACAGCUAUUCGGUGCACGAAGUGUGGAAAGAGCUUUGACAAUAUGCCAGAGCUGCACAAGCAUAUUUUGGCAUGUGCAAAUGCCAGUGAUAAAAGGCGAUACACACCUAAGAAGAAUCCCAUCCCUCUAAGGCACUUUGCAAAAACUCAGAAUGGAGUGCUGUCGACUACAAAUUCCACUAUUGGGCUUAAUGCGUCGAAUAGAGCAAGCCAAUCAAACCGGUCCAAACCUAACCCUGACUCUGCAGUAAAAAUGAAAUUCAAAGUACUGAACAAAAGGAAGAAAAGGUUGGUCCAGAGGGUUAUGCCACAGAGACACAAGUCAGUUUCUUCGUCAAAUAAAUCCUCAUCCACGCAGGUGGGUGAACAGCAUGAGAUAUUUGUCUGCCCACACUGUAGCAGGGAGUUCACAAUGCGUCGCUGCAGAACCAAACACAUGGCAGUGUGCCCCAAGAAAUCAAAAGAGGUGAAGAAAAGAAGAGAAGGGGGUAUCUCUGUAACAAAGGAAAACGAUAGACACCUGCACAGUGGCAUCACGUGUGUUGAAGAGAAGAGGCAACAGGCAUCACCUCAGCAUAAAACACGAUUCCAGACUUCUGGCCUCACUAAGAGGCCUGCUAUUCUCCCUGUGCAGACUGUCUUUUCCAACAAAAGAAGCAAAAUAGUCAUAAAGGAGAGCAUGCAGCCAAAACAAGAGACCCCAACUCUGAAUGAACUUCCUCUUGUACGAACUUUCAAACCUUCAAUGCGCCAGUAUAGUAGAGUGCAGAAUAGCGUUAAAGGAUUUCCCCUUAAAAUUACCAUAGUGAAACCACAGCAGACUGCACCACAGAAGGAAGAGCUGCUCCCCACCCAGAGUCAAGAAGAUGCAGCUGGAGACAUAACCAGCAACUCUGAUCAAAGAGGUACAACAUGAAGACUCGCCCACGGCCACUACACGAUCAGCAGGUAGACCCUGCUGUAUGGAAAUCCUCACACAUCCUCAGUCCUACUAAAGGGAGAUAACUGCUAUUCACAGUGUAAACCACAUAGAUCGUAUUUUACCGUAGUAUAAACGGCCGAUCAUAUAACGGAUAAAACAGAUGUCCCAGGCUCCUGCUGUGAGUGAACGUAUUUAAUUUGAGGAUUUGCUAGCUGUCAUAGUAGCUUGAAGUUUUGUUUAUAUUUCCUUUUCUGUAAAACUUUGUGUUAACAGUUUGGAUUUGUACUUUUGAAGUUGAUCUGACCGCUUCAUGUUGCAAAUGUGUGUUGUUUUGAGAGGAUAGUAGGUGGCAAUCAUUUUCAGCAUGCAUUUGCACUUUUCCUUAUCUGUCGUUUGUGGCCUUUUUGGUUAAAAUUCUUACUGCAUGCUGUGAGCUUGUAUAGCGGCUAAAUUAAUUUGGAUUGGAUUUUGUUGAUGUAAUUUGGCCUUAAACACUGAGUGUUGCUCUGAUAUGGCAGAGAGUAGUCAGUGUAAUUGCAUCAAAUACGUGUAUAAGUUUGUUUCUGAACACAUGACUAGAGAAUCAUAGAAAAGUAACAUGCUCUAUAGUAAAGCAUGGUCACAAGCUACCUGAUUAAAUUCCUGUAGGACAGAAGCACUGUUGAUCACUGUUCAGGAAGUCGAUGUGUAGAUUAUUGUAUGAAUGUAAAUUGUAGAUUUAAUGCUAUGGCCUUCUCGAAUCAAAUUCUCCAUUAUCUUGCUUGGCCUAGUUUCUUCGUUAUUUAUUUGAAGGGUUUGAAAAAUAAUGCUGGUUAUAUCCCAUGAAAUGUAAAUGAUGGCAUAAUCGUGAUGAAGCAUGAGCAGCUCAGUUGGUUAAAUUGAUUUCCCCAUAAAGAACUUAUUUUGGUGGUGCAAUAAAAUAGAUUCACCUCCGUUUACACAAAUGUGUGUGUUUAUUUCUUCACACGUCUGUGGGAGCAGCUGAAAAUGCAGAUUAUUCAAGAUAUUUUCCAUUUUCAUGGACAUUGAAAAUAAAUUCUCAACUUUUGGGGAAAAAAACUGCGAUUUGAUGUAUUAGCAUUUCGAUAAUUAAACAGAAGUAAUUAAAAGUAUUUAACAGUUUGGUCUAUCAAUGCUGCUUCCAUAAGAAGUUUUCCGACACGGUUAAAACCAGCAUUAAGUUUACUUUUAGGCUUUACGUUGCACUUCCUAUACAUAUCCCCUUGAAAAUAUGAUUGUGCAGAUUUGUUUUUCCCUCAUUCAAAGAAAUAUUCAUCUUAGAAGUGCAGUCUUGAGGUCUUUGCCAUCUAUCACAUAUCGCAUACGUGCACUUCAUCACUGUGUGUAUACAUAUAUAUAAUCUAUACGAGUUGUGUGUGUGUGAAUUA